AUGGUACCUGUUUCAUUUCUAAGUUGUAGUAGUCCUUUAAUGAAUUUAAAUAAGUUGUUAGUGACUAUAUCUGCACCUGGGGUCGGUACAUAUUUCACUAAAGUAAAGAUGUUGAUUAAUAUAAUAUGUCGUCAUUGGUGGUAUUGGUUUAAACUGAUAUCAGUAGCAGUAAUAUCACUAUUAAUAAUUAACAGUAUGACUAUAUUAGAUAAUUAUGAUAUUAUAACAGUACCAGCAUCUACAGAUGAUAAACAGACUAGAAGAAUAGCUGCUAAAGACAAUUGGAUUAUAAUGGAUAAUACAGAUAUUAAUAUUAAUCAUAUGAAACUAUUAGAUGAUAGACAAGAUUGGUCAGCUCUUGUCAUGGAUACUACUAAAUCUAGAAAGACCUUAAAGUGUAAUAAUUGUCGGUCUCGAGAAUCAAUGGAUGGGGUGCUUGAAGCAAUCAAAAAUAAUGCUAAAUUUAUCUAUUAUUCUGAUAAUGCUUUUACUGUAGAAGAAGAGCUACCAAAAUUAAAAUUGACUCCAUUGUUUUACGGAAUGGACUAUACCGGAAACGCCUCCAGUUUUAAUAUUGAAGCCCAUUUUAAGAACUCGCACAAGGCGUCAGCAGUCAGUCAAAACCUGAACUCACACUACCGACUUGGAGGUUUGAAAACACCAAUGAUCCAAACCUUUGUACCAGAAGAGAUGUUAUUAAAUGCUGGAGAAAGUACAGAAAAUAUUGAUAAACAAGCACCACCAAUUAUUCUACCGAAAGAUUACUAUCAUCCAUUUUCACUCAAGGGAACAUUAUAUUUUUAUGAUACGUUUUGGGCAUUAGCGCCAGUCGAUAUGCAGUAUUAUACCGUAUGGUCUAUGAUGAUAGAAAAGUUGUUGGAAGAGCUGGCAAGCGAAGUAGGAUUCAUGGCACCAAGGAAAGCUCGGUCUUUAGUUAGGUAUGAACAAAUGAAUACCCAGAAAAUACUGGAAAUAACUACAGUAUUAAACCAAUGGAUCUGCUUGCCAGGAGCACCGUUUUUCAAAUGUAUAGAACUACUAUCAUAUCACAUGACAACAGCUGGACAAUUUCCCGAUGAAGCCAGUGGCAUGAUAAAGAAUUUCAUUAAAACUUUAACUAGAGUUGGAUAUAAAGAACCAGCGAGGGUGUUUCCAAACCUACCACGACCGUUCGUACCACCACUGAACCAGAUUAUAUACUGGCCUGCUGCUAGGGUUGAUAGAAGUCUGAGUAAAAUGAAUAUGUCUAUAGCACCAAUGUGUGUCGGAGGAACAGGUACAUGUCAAGAGGUUGGAAGAACUAAUGGCGGUAAAAUCCCUACCUAUGAUAAUCUGUUACUAGUGGUAGUAUUCAAUAGACCAGGACAUUAUGGUGUUGUAGACUAUCUAGAAAGGAUGUAUAGGCCAUUCUUUCCACAAAUGAUUUAUUGUGGCCACGAUAUGAAUAACUUCCUCUCCAUCUAUAAUCUCUUGAAUAAAAAACUCUCUUUUAUUGAAGUAGAUUUUAAUUUAGGGCAAUAUGGAUACGAAUGUCUUCAGAAAGCCAUGCAGAUGAACUUUGAUGUUGAUGGAUAUAUUCAUUUAAGUGACGAUGUUUUACUCAAUGUUUGGAAUGUAGCAGAACUUCCAAAAGACAAACUAUGGUUUCAGAAAAAUAUGAGAAUAGCCCACUUUAUUAUGCACGUAGUUCCAGAUAUAUGGAAGCAUCCUCACUGGGGUCCAUGGACUACUGUGUACGGUCGAACUGCUGCCAAAGCCGCCAUUGCGUCACUCAUAAACUUGUCUUAUUUGGAAACCCGCGCCAAAGAGUUUAUGUUUAUGUUGUCGACUAAUGUUGGUGGUUUUGACAGAGUUUAUUACGAAGCUUCGGACAUAUUUUAUGUUCCCAAAAGAUUUGCUCAAGAUUUUAUUUACUUUGCUAGUGUGUUUGAUGCUGCUCAUGUUCACUUAGAGAUAGCUGUUCCUACUAUUUUUAAUGGUUUAGAUUUAAAUGAGAAUAUUGUAACAAUGAAUGGCUCUUAUUUGUGGUACCAAGAUCGUAAUUUGUAUCAAUUGAAAUAUAACUAUAAAGAUAUUUACAUGCAUUCUAUGAAAUUAGCUCCAUGUAUUGCUGAUGCUACUUGUCAAAAAUUUAUUUGUCAACGUUAUAUUCCUUGUCUAUAUUCUUCUUAGUAUUAAAUUAUUAAUUUU